AUGUCAUUUGCCUCUGUCACUUGUGAUGCAAGUAUACCUGUGAUUAACUAUAGACCAGAUUUAUCAGAAGGUGCUAGUUGUGAAAAUAUCAUUGUUUUCGACUUGCAGAUUUCAUUAGGCUUAGAUUGUGAUAUUUUACAAAUUGCAGCAUCACAUUUACAUAAAACGUCGCAGUACAGUACUUACAUUCAGCCAAGUAAAUCAAUUUCAACACAGAUUUCAGCUGUUACUGGUUUAAUAGCAAAGGAGGCGUGCUUUUUUUAUAAUGGAGAUCCUGUUCAAAUACUGUCACAAGAAGCUGCAUUUCAAAACUUUACCUCUUGGUUAGAACAGCAUAAACCAUGUGUCUUAGCAGCUUAUAAUUGUAAAACAUUUGAUGCUCGCCGAUUACUGUACAGUCUGUCAAACUUUACCUGCUUCGAAGAAUUUAGACAAAAUGUUAGUGGUUUUGUGGAUACUUUGCCAUUGUUUAAAACGACCUACCCAGAUUUUCCUAAUCAUAAACAAAAUACAAUUUUAAAAGUUUGCAAAAGUGAUUACAUUGCGCAUAAUGCAAUUGAGGAUGUUGAGGCUCUUAGAGUUUUGUUAGGCAAUAUUUCUAUUGACUGCAAGAAAUUUUCAUUUACCAUUGAGAGUAUGAAUUUAAAAAUUAAGUUUGACAAUGUUAAUAAAGUAGAUCAAGAGACUUUUACAACCUUAAUUACUCAAAAAAUCAUAUCACAGAGAACAGCUGAUGUUAUGGCCAAAUCAGGCUUAAAAUUAAACCACUUAUAUUAUGCAUCUGAAAAGGAAGGAGAAGACGGAAUUCGGGAACUACUAUUAGAAAAGAGACGAGAUGGAUCGCCCAGAGUAACAAAGAACAAAUCGAUAAUUACGAAAUUAAUUGAUAAUUUCAAAAGACAAUAA